UAUAUGUAUGGAACUCGAAUUUCGAAAUGAUGGUUUGAUGCAUCCUUGAAAACAGCAAAGAUAACGAUAAGAUGGCCACUAUCUCAGGCUACCCAAAGCAACUCGUCAGAAGACUAUGGCACAUCCACAGACAAAUCAAGAUCUCAACAGUUUCCCAAUCUGACUGUGUUAGAUGGAUGAAUACACAUCGAGUUGGGUCACCAUAUCAGAGGUUAUGUAGUCUAUGUUAUAGAUCAUUUGACCAAUCCAGAAAUCUAGCAACUAUCUCUAAGGAUGAUGGGAUGGGCGACUGGAUGUUCUCUUCAGAUUUUAAGCCGGCUAUUGAUCUGGAUUAUCUUGCUAAAAAUGCUGAAGUAAUCGCAGACCGUAUCAGCCACAGAAAAGGAAACAUUGAAGUUCAAGAAGUUCUACGGAGGAUGAAAGAAUUUCAGCAUAUCCAAGAGCAUGUCCAUGAUGUACAAAUUAGACUUCAAGCUGAUAAAGAGAGAGGACUGAAUACACAGGAAUUGGAGCACACAUUGAAGGAGAAAGAAAUGCAGCUUCAUAGAGCAGAAAAUAACUUCUAUCAGAUUGCAGUAGCCAUUCCAAAUUCAACCCAUCCUAAUGUGCCUAUGAAUGAAGAUGCAGAACCUGUGUUGAUAGAAGAAAUAAAUGAGAAGAGAUCAUUUGAUUUUCCCAUCAAAGGACAUGUGGAACUAGGUGAAGAGCUAGACAUCAUUAGAUUAAAGAAUCUUGGACAUACCACAGGCCACCGAUCAUACUUUUUAAAAGGAGCUGGAGCAAUGCUAGAAGAUGCUCUUGUUAGAUUCACUUUGGAUAGAUUAAUCAAGAAACAUGGCUUUAAGAUCAUCAAAGUACCUGAUAUUAUCAAACCAGUUGUAUUUGAAGGAUGUGGAAUGAGGACUGAAGGUCUUCAUACUCAGGUUUAUCGUCUAUCAUCUGACCACCAUGAUACUGAUAUGUGUUUAGCUGGGACGGCUGAAGUUGGCAUUGCAGGAUAUUUAAUGAACAGGACGAUACCAAUGUCUGAGCUUCCUAUGAAGCUAGCUGCUAUGAGUCGAUGCUAUCGAGCUGAGACAGCUCACAGUGCUGAUGCUAGAGGACUCUAUAGAGUACACCAGUUUACUAAGGUGGAGAUGUUUUGUGUAGCAGCUAAUGAGAGAGAAAAUGAAAGUGAGGAAAUCUUUCAUGAAUUUGUAGGAAUCCAACGGGACCUGUUCAGAGAUUUAGGAUUGCAUUUCCAGAUAUUAGAUAUGCCUGCCCAUGACUUAGGAGCUCCUGCAUAUAGGAAAUUUGACAUGGAAGCCUGGAUGCCUCACAGGAAAGCUUAUGGAGAGGUUUCCAGUACUUCAAACUGCACAGACUUUCAGAGCAGACGACUUCACAUCCAAUAUAAACCAAGCCCAGAAAGUCCAGCUAAAUAUGUUCACACAUUGAAUGGUACAGCUUGUGCAGUGCCUCGCCUGAUCAUUGCCAUCUUGGAGAACAACCAACAGAGGGAUGGAAGUAUUGUAAUCCCUGAACCACUUCAACCAUACAUGGAUGGGAUGAGAGAGAUUACAAGACCUGCAUCAGGGAAGCUACAUUUUACAAGAUUAUGAUGGUUGGUGAUUACCAUUCUAGAGAACAAUGAGUGGAGAGAACAGUGAUCCCUGAACCUUUUCAACCAAACAUGGAUGAUUGCCAAACUUAGAAGAGAUUUAUAUAUAGAUCAGAUGGUAUGCAUGAUAAUACUACGGUAGUAUUAAUACUACAACUCCUAUUGGAUGCUGUUUCAUUACAUGAUUGCCAGUUGUAUAGAGUGGUGCAAGUCUUCCACUACCAGACAUGUAAAGUUGAAUUGGCAUUAGAUUUCCUUCAUGAAACGAAGGAAGAAUUUUCCCAGUAAAAAGUAUAAUCUAUACUUGUAUGAAUAUAUAUAUGUGUUUGGAUCUACCCCUUAUCGACCACCUGAUGUUGAAAUCAUGAUAUCAAUACAUUUUUUCUUAAGAUUUACCUGAAAUUAAUCUCAAGUAAAAAUUUUUGUAGAUUCACGUCACUCAACUCCGAUAAGUUCUACCAGCAUGGAGUGCCGUGAUGUCCAAAAAAAGUUGUUUUCUUUGCCCUAUUUUACCCCUUUUUAAGAACCGACCACUCGCCAUCUAUUGACAGAGAUGCUAAACAUCUAGACAAAAAAAAAAUCAGAUCGAAUAUCCUUAAAAUAAUAUUUUCAUGAAAACUCAACAAAAGCACCAGCCUGUUAGCCUCGGGCCAGUAAAAUGUUAGUGCUCUAGUUUUUUUUUUGUGACCAACGAAGGGCAACUACCUGAAUUUUCAUUCUAUGGUGGCAAAACAGAUAAAAAAAGUAAUGUACAAACUCGUCAAGCGUAAAAUUUGCACAUCAUUUAAUUUAAUUUAUCAUUUAAUUUAGCUCGAGCAAAGGCCAAUCGGGUAUCAUGGUUCAUCCGCAUUUGAAACGGGGGCUUCUCACUGAACCAAUUGUUCAUAUCAUUUUAUUUACGCUGUGUUAAAGGGAAAGUUCAUGCUGACAAAAAGUUUAUCGCAAUAAUAGCAGAAAAUAUUGGCCAAGGUUUGAGGAAAAUCCAUCAAAGAAUAAUUAAGUUUUUAGAAUUUAAAGUUUUUGGUUUGUGACGUCGUUCAUGUAUUCAAGCAGCUUUCCCACAUAUCGUAUGGUAAAAAAUCAAUGAAAUGUCAUUUUCUCAGAAAAUU